AUGGUAAUCGAGGCCUUCAACCUCCAAGUGAAAACCGGUCUCUCUCCGCCCCUUCUACCGGGUGCCAUGUCGCUCGUCCAGCUGCCCUACGAGCUGGUGGCUUUUGUGGUCCAGGAUCUCGACCUUGCCGACAUCCGCAACCUCAGCUAUUCGUGCAAGAAGUUUCGCUUUUUGGUUGAGGAAUCUCAAAUUACAAAACAGCUACUUCAGUCUAGAGCUCCGUAUAGCACAGAGGCUCGUGAUGCUCAAAAGUCCGAGAACCAUGCCGCCGGCCUGAGGCGUUUGAUCAAGCGCCAGGAUGCCAUCGCCUCGGUAUCUCCCUACGCGGCUGCUAUAGUCGCCGUCACCCAGGAGUGGAUCUACGAAAACGGUGUGCUCUGCCACUUCCUUGAUGGCGAGUUAUGCAUUCUCGACCUACAUCACUCCGACGACUCGGAGACCGUCGUCGUCCUUCGGAAGCUUGCCCGAGAAGUCAUCCCUGAGGCGCGUGCAUCCCACAGGUUCAAGCUGAAGCUGCUGUACUAUUCGCACGACAUUAUUUCGCUGGCGUACUCCUUCCGCAGCGCCGACAAGCCCGGUUUCAACCACUAUCUUAUCGCUUUCAAACCUCUAACCGGCGAGAUAGUCUGCGUUACUCCCCUAGAUUCCAUCUCCAAGCUCUUUGUUCGAAACGACGACAAGUUUUUGGUCUAUGGUAUUACCUCCGAGCCGGACGAGCAGGGCAACGAGAUAUGGGAUAUCAGAGCUUUCAGCUUUGAAAGCGGUAUAUGGCUGCCCGACCACCUCGACCUCGACGUGAUUGGGACAGACAUCGGCUCGACUGUCUGUUUCGAGAUCUUCGAUCGCCGCUUCUACAUCUUGUCGAGCCUCCGGAGCCUGAACGUUGAGGAGGUGGACUGGGUUUCUUACUAUUACUGCCUCCGGUUCCCACUCAUGCAAAAGGACGGGUUCGGGCGCAUCGAAGAGCUAGACCCUGCCCCGAAUAUAUGGCGGAGAGACCAGACUGAGGGCCCCAUUGACGACAGAUGGACCUUCCUUCGCUUGGUCAAAGACGAAGCCACCGGCCAACUCAAGGCUGUCGAAUCCCGGAAGGAAUGGGUGAACGGCCGGAUCAUAGGGAGGCGUACAUGUUAUACCACCAUCAUCAACUUCGACGAAAUGGCCGAGGAGGAUGGCGGGUCGGCCAUCUCUGUGACUAAGACUCAACAGGGAACAGGCCCGAGGAGGUGGCCGCGAAGCCCCCACAUGGUACAUCCGGAGGACGACGGAUCCGCCCAGGGUAUCACGCUCACCAAGUGCUCCGUGCGCUCCUACUACUCAGGAUGCCAGACCGCCAUUGAUCUGGUGGACGAUUCUGGUUCAUUCGAUCCACGCGAUCAGCAACUGCGCUUGCGCGGGAGCACACGCCGUCCCUGGACGCCGGGCGAGUUGGCCCAGUCGAGCCUCCCGGCAGCCCCAGAAGGGGACCAGGACGACGAAGCACUUCAGCGGCAGAUCGACAACAUCUACAAGAGUAAUGCCAGCGUCUUCUGGCCACCAAAGAAGGAUCCCGCGGUGGACGAUCCCGCUCUCGCCCAACUGCACGCAAUCCUCAACCCACCGGGUUUCACCGGCAACACUCACGGCAGCUGGGAUGAACGCUCCAUUGUUUACGCCACUGGCCGCGUCGACAAAGGCCUUAAGGCGCUGAUCUUUGUGUCUUGGGACCCCUCCAUCCGCUUAGCCGACACGACGCCAUAUCCGGGUGACUUGGGCAUCGACAGACCGGAAAGCUGGGCUUACAGCCCCAUGCCCAGCCCCGCGCCUAAGGCUCCUAUGGAAAGCAAAGAUGAAGGCGAAGACAAAGGCGUGGCGGACACUGGCAAUCGAGACACACACUCGAGCGGGGCCAGUCAGCCCAGGCCGUUGUUGUCUUGGAGGAAAUUCCAGCCUGCAAUGUAUCGGGGCAUCUCCAGGGGGUUUCACUUCUGCCGUUGA